UGAGGGGACGCCGUGAAAUGUGUUGUCAAGUGUUUGCAUGGUUGAUUCACGGCGGCAUUCUAUUGGCUGUUCGAUCGUGACUUCAUUCAGGCAUGUUUGUAAGCUGGAGAAUGGAGAAGCCAACGUUCAGAUACGUUGAUCAUAUGCGUGAAGAUAGGAAUGAAAACAGCGGCACACGCGGGGCGUCUCGCGGCCAGAUUCACAUCGAUCGGAGCAGCCGGGCGUUUUGUUUGUAAACAAGAGGCCCUCGUCCGUGGAUUGCGCCCGCUCAGUUUGCGGCCCUGGGGGCCGCGCGCGCGGCUGCGCGAAUCGAACAAGUAGUGAGGGGGCUCCCUCGCGAACGCUGAUCGCCGAAUGCGCCUCGGCGAAAUUCAGAGCUGAAAAAGCCGCGGUUGAAUAAACGUAAUCGGAGCCGGACGCGGCCCUCUUUUCCGUCUGCGAGUGCGCUCGAUCGGCCGCUUCGGCGUGCCGCGACCCAUUCUGGCCAGUGUCAUCGUGCAACAAGCUGCGGGUAACGCGAUUACGCUCAUUGUUGUGAUAGCGGUACCGCGGCGGCGGUGUUGAGAAGCGAGCGGGCAGGCAGGCAAGGCAUAGGCUAGGGAAAGCGGAAGGGGAACGGGGAGACCGAAGCGGAGCGAAGUGAAGUUGUGUGCGAGAGAGCGGGAUACCCGCGCGCGCAGCCCAUACGUAUGCACAAUGGCAACCUUGACACUUGGUGAUCGUUUUUGACGGCUCCGCGUCGCGAGUGAAAGCGGAGGGCACUCCUUGAGCAGCGGCAUCGAGACGAGGAGGAAAAAAAAAAGCAAGAGGAGGAAGAGGGGAAAAAGGAGGAGGCGCAGGAAGAAGAAGAAGAAGAGGAGGAGGUGGUGGUGGACGGUAAAUGGUGCCGAAAGACGCGGGAGCGCCGCGUACGUAGACGUCGACAUCGGGAUUCGGCGCGGAGUCACGCAUCCGUUGUAUAUAUAUAUAUAUAUAUAUAUAUAUAUAUAUAUAUAUAUAUAUAUAUUUCUCUCCUUUCCUUUGUUUUGAUUCGGACGAGAUCCCCGCGAGAGCCAAGUGAAGUUGUGUCGCGUUUUGCGUCGCGUCGUGCGCGCAGCGUUUUGGCAUUUUGACACGCCGUGGCAUCGAGUUAAAGAGAGUCACGUGCGUGCGCGUCGUACGGAGACGUGUUGACGUCGGAGGCUGCGAGGGAUGCGAUUCCCUGAGUUCGCGAGUGACGCCGCGGCAGCGCGACAGCUGCUGUGACCACGUAGAAUCCCCUUACGUGUAUGCACGUGGACAAUAAUACAAUAACGCAGUGCGUGUGUGAACUGCCGGUGAUGCCGGUGUAAAGUGAAGAAACACGGACGCUCUACGCUCGAAACUAUUCGAACGUGAUCUUUACAUCUUGUAAUUCAUCCCGAGGAUAAACGCAGAACAAAGCAGAAUGGCACAAAUGGAGCAGCAAUUACCGCUUCCAGUGCCAGAUUUAAGCACCCUUCGCAUAACCACAGCCGUCUCCAUGCUUGGCAAAGCAUAUGGAUGUGGUCAAUGUAAUGCUCCCCCACCUGGACCUUCAACAAGUGGUGGUUCUGUUGGGACAGCAGCGGGAGUAGCGGCAAGUAGUGUCGCAGCUCCCAGCAAUAUGGGGCUUGUUCCCGCACAACAGGCACACACUCCUCCUCAACCUACAGAACUGCCAAUGUUUACGUGCCCUCGAAGACCAAACAUAGGACGAGAAGGCAGACCGAUCGGUUUGCGAGCCAACCACUUCCAAAUUAGUAUGCCACGCGGCUAUGUUCAUCAUUAUGAUAUUAGCAUACAACCUGAUAAAUGUCCUCGGAAAGUUAAUAGAGAAAUUGUAGAAACUAUGGUUCAUGCAUAUACUAAAAUAUUUCAAUCUCGUAAGCCUGUGUUUGACGGCAGAAAUAACUUGUACACAAGGGACCCCUUGCCAAUCGGGCAUGAUAAAGUAGAAUUAGAGGUUACACUGCCUGGUGAGGGUAAAGAUAGGGUUUUUCGUGUGGUGAUAAAAUGGUUGGCGCAGGUUUCGCUAUUUGCUUUAGAAGAGGCUCUAGAGGGACGAACUAGACAAAUUCCAUAUGAUGCUGUUCUCGCUUUAGAUGUCGUAAUGAGGCAUUUACCAUCUAUGACAUACACUCCAGUAGGUAGAUCAUUCUUUAGUACGCCAGAAGGAUAUUAUCAUCCAUUAGGCGGAGGCAGAGAAGUAUGGUUUGGAUUCCAUCAAUCAGUUAGACCAUCACAAUGGAAAAUGAUGUUGAAUAUUGAUGUUUCUGCCACUGCCUUCUAUAAAGCGCAGCCAGUUAUAGAAUUUAUGUGUGAAGUAUUGGAUAUCCGAGAUAUCAACGAACAAAGAAAACCAUUAACAGAUUCUCAAAGAGUGAAAUUUACCAAAGAAAUCAAGGGUCUCAAGAUUGAAAUAACUCACUGCGGAGCUAUGAAACGAAAGUAUAGAGUGUGCAAUGUUACACGUAAACCAGCUCAAAUGCAAUCAUUUCCAUUACAACUGGAAAAUGGACAGACAGUCGAGUGUACUGUUGCCAAAUAUUUCUUAGAUAAGUACAAAAUGAAAUUGCGUCACCCACAUCUUCCUUGCUUGCAAGUUGGCCAAGAACAUAAACAUACAUAUUUGCCGCUUGAGGUUUGCAAUAUUGUUGCUGGACAACGUUGCAUUAAGAAGUUAACUGAUAUGCAAACCUCGACCAUGAUCAAAGCUACAGCACGUUCCGCACCAGAUCGCGAACGGGAGAUUAACAAUCUAGUUAGAAGGGCUGACUUUAACAAUGAUUCUUAUGUACAAGAAUUUGGAUUGACUAUAUCGAAUAGUAUGAUGGAAGUCAGGGGUCGUGUAUUACCUCCGCCCAAACUGCAAUAUGGAGGGCGCGUAAGUUCCCUCAGUGGACAGACGAAACAACAGGCAAUGCCUAAUCAAGGCGUGUGGGAUAUGCGUGGCAAGCAGUUCUUUACUGGAGUAGAAAUUAGGGUGUGGGCAAUUGCUUGUUUUGCACCACAAAGAACAGUACGCGAAGACGCGCUGCGUUCAUUUACAACGCAACUUCAGAAAAUUAGUAACGAUGCUGGCAUGCCCAUCAUUGGGCAACCAUGUUUUUGUAAAUAUGCUACUGGACCGGAUCAAGUCGAACCCAUGUUUAGAUAUUUGAAAAUGACUUUCUCGCAGUUGCAGCUGGUUUGUGUUGUAUUACCUGGCAAAACUCCUGUAUAUGCUGAAGUGAAAAGAGUAGGAGAUACAUUAUUAGGCAUGGCGACUCAAUGUGUACAAGCGAAAAAUGUCAAUAAGACAUCACCGCAGACAUUAUCCAAUCUCUGUCUUAAAAUAAAUGUCAAAUUAGGAGGCAUCAAUAGCAUUCUAGUACCUAGCAUAAGACCGAAAGUGUUUAACGAACCAGUUAUAUUUCUUGGAGCUGACGUAACUCACCCGCCGGCGGGAGAUAACAAGAAACCCAGUAUAGCCGCUGUUGUGGGCAGCAUGGAUGCCCAUCCUUCUCGAUAUGCAGCUACAGUUAGAGUUCAACAGCAUAGACAAGAAAUUAUCCAGGAACUCAGUUCGAUGGUUAGGGAAUUGCUUAUAAUGUUUUACAAGAGUACGGGCGGAUAUAAGCCGCAUAGAAUAAUUUUAUACCGCGAUGGCGUUUCCGAAGGACAAUUCCUCACUGUUCUGCAACACGAAUUAACUGCUAUUCGUGAGGCGUGUCUCAAGCUCGAGAUCGAUUAUAGACCCGGCAUUACAUUUAUCGUCGUACAGAAAAGGCAUCACACUCGUUUGUUCUGCGCAGACAAGAAGGAACAAAGCGGGAAAAGUGGAAAUAUCCCGGCGGGCACAACUGUCGACGUGUGUAUAACUCACCCAACGGAAUUCGACUUUUACCUUUGCAGUCACCAGGGUAUUCAGGGUACAUCGAGACCAUCGCAUUAUCAUGUACUUUGGGACGAUAAUCACUUUGAAAGCGACGAAUUACAAUGUCUCACGUAUCAACUGUGUCACACUUAUGUCAGAUGCACGAGAUCCGUCAGUAUACCUGCACCGGCGUAUUAUGCUCAUCUUGUAGCGUUCCGGGCCAGAUACCAUUUGGUCGAGAAAGAGCAUGAUAGUGGAGAAGGUUCUCAUCAGUCGGGUUGUAGUGAAGACAGAACACCGGGUGCGAUGGCACGAGCAAUCACGGUUCACGCCGACACGAAACGAGUUAUGUAUUUCGCAUAAUUCUGUUCUUCGAAUCGAAAUGGCGUACGGGUUCAGUCUUGCUUAUUUCUGUAAAAAAAAUGACUGUACAUAAUUGCGGUUCUGUGACUGGUAAAACCGACGAGGGAGCUUCAUCGGAUAGCUGAGAACAGUCGCAGCGCAACUAUAGUGCAUCGCGUCACAAACUCCUGGACUAUUUAAGCUAGAGCGAUGAUUGAAUGAUUAAUCUCUGUACUUUCUUCUUUGCUUUUUCUGUCUCUUUUCUGUCUUUUUUAUCGAGUCUACACGAUAGCUUUUUAUUUUGUAUGCGUGACAUAUUGUAUGUUGUAUUUACAUCUGUACAGAAGGAGAGCGAGUGAUUUUUUUGAUUGAUUUUAUGAACUUUGUAGAGUAAGUUUAUGAGGGUGCUUUUAAUUAAUGCGCGCGCAGGUUUAAAAUCAGAUUAAGCCAUUUUUCACUGGUAAACAAAGCCAUCUGCAAAAGUAGAUUGAAAGUAAACUAAACAAGUUUUCUUCUUUAUGGAAAUUAAGGUAGAAUUAGGUGGUGAAGAUGAUUGUGUGUGAAAAACCAAUAACAGAUUGAGUUUAAGUCAAAUAUGAAUUUCUGUUGCACUAUCGAGAUAUAUAAUAGCACUUUUCGACUUAAAUUACUUCACAAGGAAAUUAGUGCGGCAUAUUACGCUUAUUUUUUUAGGGAACGCGUUUUCCCUAGCAUUUGUGUGCAAAUUAAAGAGACGAAGAACAAAAGAACCAAAAUCAUGAUUGUAUAAAUCGCUAUGCGAGACUGUUAUCCAGUUGUAUGUGUGUAUAGUUUUUAUUUCGCGAGGAGUUUGGAACUCCCUUCUGUAAAUUAUGUAAAUUCUAGAUCUCUAAUCAUGCUGAAAAAAUUGGCAUAAUAAAAGGUAAUUAGUCGGUUGAUAACGAUGAUAAUACCUUUAGGAUUGUGAGUUACAUUAUGUCAUAUCUGCAGAGUCAUAAUGCCGCUAUCUUUUAUACGAGAUGCACUUUUAAAGUAUAAAUCACUCGUAAAAUCAUUUUAUAAAAAUAAUCCUGAUGUAUUCUCAAAAAACCGAUAAAACAACACCAAUCUGUGUGUAUACUUCGGCUAAGUAGCUUAGUGGAUAAGAAAGAACAUAAUAUUCGUACAUAAAGACAAUUAUGUAGCAAAACUAGCCGAGAAAGAUGUUAUAUAGAGGACUCGCGCUAUUUAUGUGACUUUCGUCAUAAUUUUUAACGGCUUUAAGUGUCUAUUUGAAAAAAAAUAAUAUCGAGAGCCACUCUCGAUACUUAAUAUGUCAAUAUAACUAUGAUGUAUUCGAGAGUUACUCUCUCAAACGGACAUUUUAAGCUUUAGGAUUGAAAUUUAGCAUAAUUUAAUCGAAUACGGUCAUUUUAACGCUCUACUAAUUGUUAGAAUGUAUAUUUUAUUCGUUUCAUUUAAUUUUUCAUUAAGUCGCGUUAUCGUCUGCACGUUGCACACAGCUCAUAAUCUAUGCUUACAAUUAUUAAUUACACUACUGAACGAGAAGAGACAGCUAGGAUAUAAUUCUAAGAAUGUAUACAACUUUAUCUGUGUUAAAUCUGCGUAUCAUCUGAGAGUAUUUAGGAAUGAAAGUAAACGGAUAUCCGUGUCUGGUGUCCGAGAUAAGCCGGGGCGUUAUCUACUCAGAUAAAAAAAUAAUGGCUAUGAAUAAGCCGAAUUUAUAUGGCAUUAAAUAUGGGCCGAUAACAAGGCUUCUUCACAGAGCGUGCAAGAAACUUCGGAAAUAAAAAAAAAUAAAUCGCGAUAUCGAUGUAGUAUGAAAUUAUGCAACGUAAAGAAGAAUUAGUAAUUACGAUUAGCUAUUGCUUUAAAAAGAGUGGAUUGUAAAAACCAAGAUUAGCUGUAAGAGUAUUAUACGAAUAAGACAUUUUAUCAAUUUUAAGAGAAUAAUUAUCUGUUUGCUUGAUAAUGCCAAACUUUAGGGAUUUCAUAUUUUUACUCUAAUGGUCACGAUUCUUGUGCAAAUCUAUUUCAAUAAUCUUUUGGAACAAUAAUUACUAAUAAUUAAAAUAUAAUAAGAGCAAGCCUUGGAAAUAACAUGUAUAAUCCAAUUUAUGAAGUAAGAUCAUAUAUUAAUAGUUUGAAAAUUCUAUUAAUAUAUGAACAGACAUCGUAAUAUAUGAUAUAAUUAUGUAUCAAUAAUUCAUCGCGUUAAAUUAUUGUGUAUUACUGUUAGAAUCAUUAAUAUAUAUCUCAAGAUUUUUUUUCUUUUUUUUUUUUUUGUACAAUUAUACGAGUACUAGCAUAGAAUAAUCGAAUUGCCGUACUAUGAUUCUGACAGUUUGUAAAUCAGUAUUAAUAAUAACAAUGCUUUUAUUGAGAGAGAA